GUAAGACGUGUGAACAACAAACAGUUGUCGGACUUCAAGCUAGCGAAUGGUAAGGCUAGACAAAAACAGGUUCAGCGUACAUCUACCGGAUAGGGAUCUACAUUUGAGAGCCGAGUGGCUGCUAUACCUUCAUAAUCUCAUAUUAAUCCACCGUAUCAGCACCGAGCAGGUGUUAUCUCCGGGGACGGUUCAUUGGCGCUAACACUAGCCUCUGAAUCAUUGCUCGACUGUGACGCCUCUGUGUGUGUGAGUGAGUGUGUGUGUGUGAGUGUGUGUGUGUGAGUGUGUUUUUCUUCUGGCUGUCGCUGGUCGAGGGGUUUGUGAUGCGAGGGUGAGGAAAAAGAGCAACAGCCGGAGAAUAUUUUUUUUUUUUGCUCGACGCAGAAGAAUGGACUUUGUCGGGGAGAAACAGACGGACACACUACGACCUUACUACGCGGGCCUGGACGACAUUGUUGGGCAACAACUUUAGCAGCCUAGCCUACGUUUUGCUCGGUCAAAAUACAUGCAGCUGAAUUAGCUCGGUGUCGGGACAGUUAAGCUCAGUUUUUGCUAGCGUUUAAUGGAGGCACCCUGAAUGACUUGUUCGUUUCAAUUGACUGGCUGCUGUUGCUCUUAAACACUGUUGGCAAUGUGCUGACGGUCUGUCUGUUCACACUUGAAGAAGAGGACACGGUUGGUAAAAAAAAAAAAAAAAUAGAGGUGCCUUGUCUUGACUGAUGUUGAUGAAGUAUCCCUGGUUCAGCAUUAAAAAUGUUACUGAAGCAAUAACUUUUUCGCAUGUAUGUCACACAUUCUUUGUUUUGAAAGUGUGUUUAAUUGCACUUUUAUUUCAGGAGUUGAAUCACCCCCCCCUCUCUUCCUUUAACUAGUCAAAAUACAGUUUGUGAUUGCACUUAAGUAUCAUUCAGUCUGUAAGGGCACUGAUAGAUGCCCUUCUAAGUAAAUUGUUCAAAAACUUAGAUCUUAUCCAUGUCUGUUGGUUCCUAGUUACUGUUUAACUCAUUAUCAAGGCUGUCUGGCACAGUAAAGGCUGAGUUUUUUUUUUUGUUGUUGCUGGAAAUGAAAACAUGAAUAUCGAAGAGCAGUGUCUAGAUUUGUGCAAUGUGAAGACGAAGAGCAACGUGGAGGAUGAUCGCAACACUACUAACAACACAGAGGGGGUCACACCCCGAAUAUCUGAACUGAUGACGGACAGCAACAUAGAAAUACAAAACAUUGUUCCCACAGAUGCCUCUGAAACGUACCUGAUGCCUCAGCUCACUGACAACCUUCAGGCCGCCGAGGAGGAUAACCACCAGGCUCAAGAUGCGCUGGAAAUUGAUGAGGUUAAUGGGAAUACAAAGGGAAGUGACAAAGACACUCCUGCAGUAGUGAAUCCCACUGACUUAAUCCUUUCUAAUGAUGAGCAGCACAAGGACAAUAUUGAAGUUGAGACCAUACAAGAAGUAAAGGAUGCUAGGCUGGCUGAGUUUGUUGUUGAGGAAGGGGAUGAUGGCGGGGACAUGGACAUAGGUGUGGAUCUUAGUCUCGAUGAGAGUGGGGUGCUGGAGGCUGAAUUGACAAACACAGCACUCUCAGACAAUACUUUAGACUCAGAGUCCAAGUCUCAGGAUGUCCCAGCUGGAAGCGCAGCAGAGAGCCCAUCAGAAGGGAACCAGACUAGCAGCACAGAAGCUGCCCCGACAGACCAAGCCGGACUGUACCCCACUGUGGAGGAAGGGGAUGACAAACACAAACCAAGUGGCAAAAGGGUGACGUUUCCUUCAGAUGAGGAUAUAGUGUCUGGUGCAGUGGAGCCCAAGGACCCCUGGAGACAUGCUCAGAAUGUGACGGUGGAGGAGAUCCUCUCUUCCUACAAGCAGACCUGUCAGAAACUCAACUGUAAACCCAUACCCAAAGUGCUCAAACAGAUACAGGAACUGAAAGACCUGACACAACGAAAUGAAUGCUUAGAUCUAAAAGGUGAGAAGCUUGACUACAAAGCAUGUGAGUCUCUGGAGGAGAUUUUGAAGCGGGUCCAGUUUAAAGUGAUAGACCUGGAGCAGACCAACCUGGAUGAAGACGGAGCAUCAGCCUUGUUUGACAUGAUCGAGUAUUACGAGUCAGCCACACAUCUCAACAUCUCAUUCAACAAGCACAUCGGCACACGAGGAUGGCAAGCCGCAGCUCACAUGAUGAGAAAGACAAGCUCUCUGCAGUACCUGGAUGCACGUAACACUCCUCUGCUGGAUCACUCGGCUCCAUUUGUCGCACGAGCGCUCAGGAUCAGCGGCAGCCUGGCAGUCCUCCACCUGGAGAACGCCGGCCUUACUGGCAGGCCGCUCAUGUUACUGGCUACAGCUCUGAAGAUGAAUAUGAACCUGCGGGAGUUGUACCUGGCAGACAACAAGCUCAACGGUCUGCAAGACUCAGCCCAACUUGGCAACUUGCUCAAGUUUAACUACAACAUUCAGAUCCUAGACCUGCGCAACAACCACAUCCUGGACUCAGGUCUGGCCUAUGUUUGUGAAGGACUAAAAGAGCAGAGGAAAGGCCUCGUCACUUUGGUGCUGUGGAACAAUCAGCUCACACACAACGGCAUGGGAUACCUAGCUGCUGCACUGCCAUGCACCCAGAGUCUGGAGACUCUGAACCUCGGCCAUAAUUCGGUGGGUAACGAAGGAGUCCACAAGCUGAAGGAUGGACUGAUCGCUAACCGCUCAGUGCUCAGAUUGGGCCUUGCUUCCACCAAGCUGUCCUGUGAAGGAGCUGUGGCUGUGGCUGAAUUCAUCGCUGAGAGCCCCCGACUGCUGCGUCUCGACCUACGAGAGAAUGAGAUCAAGACAGGUGGACUGAUGGCUCUGUCACUGGCCCUGAAAGUCAACACCUCUCUGCUGCGUCUGGACCUCGACCGGGAGCCCAAGAAAGAAACUGUAAAGAGCUUCAUUGAAACUCAGCGCGCCCUGCUGACUGAGAUACAGAACGGCUGCAAGAGAAACUUUAUCUUUGCCAAGGAGAAGGAAGAAACAGAGCAGAAGAUGAGGCAGUCUGCGUCUAUGGCUGAAAUCGCCACAGAGGACGGGGUCAGAGAAAAAGAAGAGGAGGUGGCAGCAGCAGAGGAGAAAGAGGAAACAAAGGAGAAAGAGGGGGUAGAAGUUGAAACAGCUGGAAAUGAGGUACAGACGAGUAGCCAGUCAGGAGAGAGCUCUGACACAAAUGUUCCCAAAAUUAACCUUGAGUCAGACUCUGACACGGAGGAUGAGGAAGAGGUGGUAACAAAUUCCACAUCCACAUCAAACUCCUGCGCGAUCUUAAACCAGACUGCUCCUGAAAGCCAGACAGCAGCUGCACCGCCUCUCCUCAGUGCCUCAAGUACAUCUUCAACCCCGUCUGCAUCACCUGCCGGGGGGCAGAAUGUCAUUUCUGGUAUCACCGUCACAGAAUCUACUGCUCCUCCCGGUCCCCCUCCAUCCCCUGGUCGCUGUAUAUCUGUCUCAAGUCCAGGAAGAGGUCAUAAAAUCUUUAUGGUUACUCGGGUGGAGAGCCCUCCUGAGCAGCAGCAGCAGCAGCUACAGCUCCUGCAGAAAAGUGCUCCUAAAGAAGGCUCGAAGAAGCCUGCUGACAUGAACACAAAGCCGACACAGCCACCACCCUCAUCUCAAACACAACUGACACAGGAGGACGUGAAGGACAGCUCAACUGCGCCGUCAUUGGACUGUCAACUGACCAAGCAAAGUCCUGUAGCUUACUUGGAGCCUGCACUAAAUACCACACAAGCCAACACACUAGAACCCCAAUCUACCAAUCCAGCCACAGAGGAUGCAGCGGCUAGCACUUUAGACCCAGAGGUGACAGAUUUAAGUCCAGCCCUGCCUUCAGAUCCCCCGUCUGUGCAGCACACAGAAGAGGAAACGGAGAGCACUGAAAGCCCCCAAACUGAGCCCACAUGUGUAGAAGAACAGAAUCAAGGAGAGGAGAAAGAAUGUGUAGCAGAUGACAUGCAGGUGUUGAGCUCUGAAAGCACACAAGAGACUGGACAGUUAGACAAACUCAACACCAGGAUCACUGCAGCAGAAACGCAGCAGCCGCUCUUAGCAUCUACUCUUGAGCAGCUACAGAAUGAACUUGCAUCUGCAUCAGAAGAGUCUCUGUCCGUGAACCAAACAGUAGAAGAAAUCGAGUCACUUUCACUGCCGGGGAAGCCGCAAGCACCAGCCACAUUGUUCGAAAAUGACCAACCAAGUUUAACAGAGGAAAAGUGCAGCCAGCCAUGCCAAGAGGAGCAGAGUCCAAAGCAGCAAACGGAGGCAGAGGAACAGGGAGAAGAGCCUGCUCCAGCUCUCCACACUGAUCUCCACGCUGAUGAAACUCCAUCUGCCACUCAAGAUGCAGCUCAGGAGUCAAGUCCUCAGGACGGGGAAGCCUCAGAGAAUCCUGAACCUGCCUCUACUGUGUCCAUCUCUGCGGUCAAAGUGGAGGAUUCCCCCGAUGAGAGCUCUGCAGACGAGGACAAGGGUUGUUCCAAGGCUGAGGAGGAGGAGGAGGAGGAAGAAGAGGAAGAGGUGGUCAACUUAGCUCUGCCCAACGGCCUGAAGACUGAGUUCUCCCUCCAUCUUCUCAAAGCUGAAAGUCCCAAACCAGGCAGCUGUGUGAUGGAGCAUGUGAGCGUCAGCUGUGGACAAGAGCUGGAGGAGCUGCUGCUAGAGGCCAGUUUGGAGACUGGUAGAGAUGCACCAUGAGGAGGAUCCACAGGGUGGCGACAGGAGAAAACAGCACUUGGAUAGUUUGUCUGGGUCUGCUAACGUGACCGGUUGCCCUCAAACGUUUUCGUUGUUUCUUUGACUUUUACCACCAACAGACACUUUCUGUAGCGGACAGAAGAGGUGGUGUUACAGUCAAAGCUUGAUAACACAAAUAUACUAUAUGGGAAGACACAGGACAAAAUCAACUUUGGGAUGUUGGCUGUGACAAAUAAGGAAUCAUCUGCAUCAUCAUCACUAUGACAGACACACACAUACGCACACUACUUACAAGGAAGAAAGAAAAUAAGAAAUAAAAUCACCCUGUUAUCACUACAUUUUGUCAAUCUGCAAUCUUUACGAACAGAAAGCCUCCUGUGAGUGAGAAAGAAGAGGAAUGGGGGACAAAACACUAACCAAAGACAGACCUUUCUCACAGACCUACUGCUCUCUCUCCUGUGUAAAUGUCCACUGUAGUUUGGGAAAUAACUAGCAUCUAAGAUUUUUAUCAUAACACACACAUACAAAGACGUAAUGGUGAUAAUAAGGAAGCUGGGGUUGACGGCACAAUCACAAGACAAACUACCAGUGAUGGACCCCCCCCCCCCCCUGUGCCGACCUGCCGCCUUUCAACACUUUUUGAAGUAGGUCACCGUCAGAGGCUUUUAUGUCCAAGGAAGCUGAAGAUGUUAACAUGUCUGUUUAAAUGUCUGCGUUUCAUGUCUGUGUUCCACGUUCCCCACUUCAGGAAGUAAAAGAAAAACUCUGAAUGGACCUCUGCCAAAGUGACCUCCCACUUCAAUGUUGUCUCGCCCUCCGCUCACUUUGGCCCCUCAGGAAUCAGCGCCCUCACCUCUUGUCAAUCUCGUCAGACCUGACAUGGACGAGAUUUAUGAAAAGGCACAGUACUUUGCUCCUCAGCUGAAAAAAAAAAAACCCUAAAUGUUGGAUAGCAAAAUGUGUGCUUUGGUUUCAGUUAUCUACAGUUUAGGAAAUAUAUAGUUUAUCACAUGAUUUUCUGCAACUUCAGACACUAUUACUUGUUUUUUCAUGUUUAAAAAAAAAGCGGCUCUGUCGUCACCUCCCUCUCCUCUCGCUCAUUUUUCAAUAUCUCACGUUUCCGCUCCGUCUCGUCAUUCAUGUUGCCUUCAACGCACCACCUUUUAUUCACUCUUUUGAUUCAGAUUCAGUCUUUGUUUUUUUUGUCUUGUUUUGUCUGGCUGCUUUAAGAAAUCAUGUGUUUUGUAUUUAUUUCAUAGCUAUAUGAGCCUUUUCUCAUUCAUUUCCCCCCUUUCAUCCUUAUUUUAUCCCUUUGUUUCCAUUCUGGGGUUGCGUUUUAGCCCCUUUUUUGAUGUAUAUUUCAGAUUCAAACUAGAGCAAAUAUUUAGUAUUUUUUUUCUCCGAGGGGUGGUGGGGUAAUUUGUGUUGGAAGAAAGGUUAUUAUGAUGUAGUGGUUGAUUACGGAGGUGUCAGUCAGUGUGAAGAAAUGGAAGCAGCAAACUUGAUACUUUUCAUCGACGUUCCAAAUGUUUGAACACUACUCUGCUGAGUGAAGCUGUAGCCACAAGGGGGUGCUGGUGGCUGUGUUGUUUUCAGAAAAACCACAGACGACAUCCAUGUCCUGUCCUGAGUUUCCAAAGCGAGACUUACUAUGAAAUGCCAGCUUCAUGUGUGUUCAGGAUGGCUGGUGAGAGAGGUUUGUUUUUCAUUUCUUCUGAAAAGCUGCACCGUUCAACCCUCCUGCUUCUCUCCACCCGACAGAUAGUUUGCCCCCACUGUUUGUUAUGCUUUAAUUUUUAGACAUUUUUAAUGAUAAUUUGUUAACUUAAUUGAAAUGUGCUGGUAAUCACAAAGAUAUGUAUGGCGAAAUUUGUUCCUCUCAAAUAAAUGCAUGUAAUGACUAAUUAUGAGUGAAUGUUUCACUUCAAGAUGUCUGAACUCUGCAGAGCUGCAGGAAAUGUGUUCUCUGCGUUGGGACGUUUUGAUACAGCUGGUUAAAGCUUUUAAAAUAUGUUUUGAAACCCUGUAACAUAUUGAACACUUCUGCAGAAAAUAUUUAUGUGUUAUUUUAAUAUAGGGUCAUUUUAAAAUCAGUUAGUGCAUGCUUCAGUGCAAGUCAACAGCUGUUAGCAGUUAGUAUCAUCCUCAAGCGUUAGAAAUUAAAGCCAACACAGAAGAGUAACAAAACUGCUGUUCCUGAAGAUCACUUGCGGCUGGCUGGAUCCACGUUAGAGCCCAUACUUCCCACAGAAGCAAACAUGUUUAUAGUCUGGAUUAAAAAAAACUAAACAUUUUGGUCCUGACGGCACAUUUCUUUAUGGUUCAAAACUUACAUUGGAUUUUCUUGUAAUGAAUCAGUUCAGAUUAAGUUAUGGAUAAGUGUUAUGAAUACAUUUGCAUUUGUAGGAGUGAAGGCCCGCCUCAGCUCCACCUCUGCCUGUUUCUAGAUUGAUCCAAAGUGAGGUAGAGUCAGCAUUUCCAAUAUGGCGACCACCAUCAUUUGGCUUCAGAAACAAUGAGUAAUUCGGCUAACUCUACGUCCAUGUGUUGAACAGUAAAUAGUCUUUUCAAGCCGAUGAUCGCCCCCUCACAGGGACCUUGAAGCUGAAGCCCGUAAACCACAUGUAUGGUAUGAAAGAAGAUUAUGAAUAAAAGUAAGACCAACAGUCCACAGCCAUGCUCACAUGAUUACGAGGAAGCUGUUAUGGUAACACCUCAGUUUGUUUGUAUAAUAACAGUAAAGAAUAUGAGAUUAAAAUACUGAUCAUACUGAACAACAAUCCUCGACCACAGACUGUUGAAAGAAGGACAACAGGUAUCUACCUCCUCUCUUCUCACUGAACUGUUUUUGACGUCCCUCCCCCUCAGCUAACCAGAACGCACAUCGAACUCUCCAAUAAAGCUCCGUCAGGUCGGUUAAGUCUGCAGCAGAAUAGAUGAUUGUGUCAGUCUGAAGCAGACGCUCUGUGAUGGAAAGUUCAAAGACUCUCGUGUUUGGGUUUGUCACGUUUCUCUCACCGUGAUCUGGGGCCUCCUGCUAAUGGAUCCUAAUCACUUGGGUCCUACUAAAUCCUUCUUUUUCUGUCUUUAAUAAAAACAAAAUAUC